UUUUAAAAAUAUUUAUAUUAAAAUACUCUGCUAUGGUUGGUUACAUUUCGUGAUCAUCGACAGUGAUUGGUUUUGUUAAAUAGCUACGUUCAAACAGAAGACGAAGAAUUUUGGUGUUAAGCUAAGGUUGUCGUAGGAAAGAGUUUGCCGUCUAGAAUCUAAUGGAACUACGAAAAGUGUUAGAAAAAUUUGUAUUUUGUCAUCUUGUCAUCGAAAUACCGGGAGUACUGUCAAACGUCGAGUAAUUAAUAGUCGUUAAAAGGAGAAUAAUUAUAUCGACGAGUAAUGGGUGAUGGCAAGGAAGGCGAGCGGCAGCCGCUCUUGAAAAAUGAAAAUGUUACUUAUAGUUCACACGGUAGCGACGUAAUAAUUGAGCCAGAUUCAACGGUCAGUACAGUAUCUCCAAUAGGUCCAGAUGAAUUACCUCCGCCAUAUGAGCCAGCUGAUCAGGAUGGUAAGCCAAUGGUUACUUGUAGGGUAUGUCAAGCUAUGAUAGAUAUUACAGGCAAGCGGGAGCAACAUGUUGUUAAAUGUUGUCAGUGUAACGAAGCAACGCCUAUAAAAAAUGCUCCACCUGGAAAAAAAUAUGUACGAUGUCCAUGUAACUGUCUUUUAAUAUGUAAAAGUUCUUCCCAACGUAUCGCUUGUCCAAGGCCAAAUUGCAAGCGUAUUAUCAAUCUUGCUCCAAGUCCUAUAACACCACCGGUUCUUUCUAUGCCUGGAAUGUGCAGGGUAUGCUGUGCUCAUUGUCAUGAUACGUUUUUGUUUAAUACAUUGAAUAAUGCUUUAGCUCGAUGUCCACAUUGCCGCAAAAUAUCUUCUGUUGGUCCAGACUUUGCUAGAGGUCGUGGUAUUGCUUUUAUUAUUGUUGGCAUUAUAGCUUUGGUAAUUGCUAUUGCUGUAACGGUUGGAACGUAUGCAUUUGUCAAAACUAAUGGAGGAAUUUAUGUAGCUUAUGUUGGUGCAUUUUUGUUAGCUCUUCUUUGCUUAGGACGCAGUAUUUAUUAUUGCACAAUGAAGAUCAGUCUAAUAGAAGGUCCUAUGUAGUUGUUCAAGAGACUAUCGAUGAUUAGAAUAUGCAAAUCGAUUCUUUUAACAUCAUUAUUGUAUAAUCUAUGUCGUAUAAUAUAAAUCAAAUGUUUAUAGUAACAUGACAUUAGUCCUUGUAGGACCAAGGUGAUAUCUUUAUGCAUGUAAACGUAUGCCUAUGUACGCAUGCGUGCUGCUGAUGACGAAUGCGCGUAUACUUACACAUGCAUAUACAUGCAAAUAUAUUAUAACAAAGAGAAAGUGAAUCAACCUAAAUAAUACUUCUUGCAUGCAACUAUACGAAAUGAGGAUAUAUUAGGAAUUAAUGAGGGUUUGUGGUGUUCGAUGAAGCGUUCCUCUGCAUUUUUAUAUAUAAAUCUGUAUAAGCAUAGGAACUCAACACGAUAACUCAUUUAUUUUGUUUUUAUAUUCGUAUCAAGUAUGUCAUAAAUGAUGCUUUGUACAUGUAUAUCUUUGCGGUAUCUAUAUAAGAUGCACAUAGAUUAUCCGUUGUAUUUAUUCCAGUUAUAUGCUGAUAUACGUGCAUGAGACACUAAUAAAAAUUAUGUUUUUAAACUUAUGCUCAUAUUUACGUAUAAAUAUCUGUAUUAAACUACACAAUCAUAUGAUUAAAAAAUUCUUUGCUGAUAUGAUAUGACUUGAUUCAAUGACUAUACACAUUUUCCAAUGUAAUUAGUAAUGUUUGUAAAUCAUAACAUUCAAACAUCACAACUCUAUUUUUACAAAAUAUUUUUAUUACAUUGCGUUUGUAAUAAAAACGAAUCUAAGAUAUAAGCAUUCGCAAUACUUUGUGACUUGAACGAAUAUAGAAUAAUACAUAAUUAUUUAUCCUAUAAUAUAAAUAAUUGUAGAUAAAUAAUAUACUCAAUAAACAUAUUAUCAAUUUCUUUUAAUUAUAUUUCGAUAAAGUGUAUUGAAUCUAUUGUUCUAAGAAACUGUACAGUAUAAUGACCUUUGCUAUCAAACUAACGCAUUACAAUGUCCUAAACUCGUAUCUCUGUAACGAGAAGAUUAAAUGGACAUAUGUGUUGUGCAUAUAUUAUUUUAACGAUAAUUGAAUAUGUUUUAUUUAAGUGUAUUUAUUUGAUAUUAAUAUAUAAUUAUUACAAACGAUAUUCUAUGUAAAAGGAGCAUGAGCAUAUUUAAAAUAAAAUAUCUUAUUAUGGACAAUAAAAUUCAAAAGGAUGAAUACGAUUGAAAUUAAUCGAAAUUGAUCAUUGUAACGAAACUUUUUAAAGCCGCUAAAUUUAAAUUGUAAGAACUUAUGAAAGUUAAUGACAAUAAUAAAUAUGUAUCGCAAAAUAUAUUGUAAAAAAGAA